GUGGAGAGUGAAGUCGACGAGCGAAGAGAACAGAAGCGAGCGAGCAAGGAAGGCGAUCCAAGGAAGAAGAUGGCGGCGGCGGCGGCCAUGGCGAUGAAAGAUCCGAGCCUGUGGCACAAGGUGGCCGCCAUAUCCGGGGUUGCUGCCCUUGGACUUGGCACCUAUGGCGCGCACAUGUUCCGCCCCAAGAACCCCGCGUACAAGGAGGUUUGGCACACUGCGUCCCUCUACCAUCUCGUCCACACCGCGGCGUUGCUCGGGGCUCCCAUCACCAAGCGCCCCGAUGUUUUUGGAGGGCUUCUUACUGCUGGGAUUGUUCUCUUCUCUGGAACGUGCUACACUGUGGCUUAUCUUGAAGACAGGAAGUAUUCUUCCACGGCACCGUUGGGUGGCUUUGCGUUCAUCGCUGCUUGGGCCAGUCUGCUCUUCUGAUUAUAUCGUGUUUUAGCAUGUGAAAACGUAUUACAUUACUGAAUGCUUUGUAUUUGGUGCCCUAUCAGUUCAUGCAAUUGACUCGUAUGCAUCUCUAUCAUGACCUUCUAGAAAAGAAAUGAAAUAAAAUCAAAAGUACCUUGAUGGUUGCACUUUA